AUGUUUGCUUCCAGAAUUUCCAGAGCUCUUCCAAGGGCAACAUCAUCCGUCACACGCUCAGCACCUCUUCGCACACCAUUAGGGUCAUCGUUUACCAGACGAUGGAACUCAGAUGAUGCGGACAAAAAGGUCAAGGGACCAGUCAUUGGUAUUGACUUGGCUGUUGCUGUGAUGGAAGGUCAAACCGCAAAGAUUAUCGAGAACUCAGAAGGUGCCCGUACAACCCCAUCAGUCGUAGCUUUCGCACAAGAUGGUGAAAGGUUAGUCGGUGUAUCUGCAAAGCGUCAAGCUGUUGUCAACCCAGAGAACACUUUGUUCGCCACAAAGCGUUUGAUCGGAAGAAAGUUCACCGACGCCGAGGUUCAACGUGAUAUCAAGGAGGUUCCAUACAAGAUCGUCCAGCACACAAACGGAGAUGCUUGGGUUUCUGCUCGUGGCGAGAAAUACUCUCCAUCGCAAAUUGGUGGAUUCGUUUUGCAAAAGAUGAAGGAAACCGCUGAGGCCUAUCUUACCAAGCCUGUUCAAAAUGCCGUCGUCACCGUUCCUGCUUAUUUCAACGAUUCCCAACGUCAAGCCACCAAGGAUGCUGGUCAAAUUGCCGGUUUGAACGUUCUCAGAGUCGUUAACGAGCCAACAGCUGCCGCUCUCGCUUAUGGUUUGGAGAAGGACGAGGACAAGAUUAUCGCUGUAUACGACUUGGGUGGAGGUACUUUCGAUAUCUCCGUCCUCGAGAUUCAAAAGGGUGUUUUCGAAGUCAAAUCCACUAACGGAGACACUCACUUGGGAGGUGAAGAUUUUGACAUCCACUUGGUUCGUCACUUGGUCCAACAAUUCAAGAAAGACUCUGGCAUUGAUCUCUCCGGUGAUCGCAUGGCCAUUCAACGUAUCCGUGAAGCUGCUGAAAAGGCUAAAAUCGAGUUGUCUUCUUCCAUGCAAACUGAUAUCAACCUUCCUUUCAUCACUGCCGACUCCUCUGGACCAAAGCACAUCAACCAAAAGCUCUCCCGAUCACAACUCGAGAAGCUCGUUGAUCCAUUAAUCAGCCGCACCAUCGAGCCAGUACGAAAGGCUUUGAAGGAUGCCAACCUCGCUGCUAAGGACAUUCAAGAAGUUAUCUUGGUUGGUGGAAUGACCCGUAUGCCAAAGGUCAGCGAGUCUGUCAAGUCCAUCUUUGGUCGUGACCCCGCCAAAUCCGUCAACCCAGACGAGGCUGUUGCCAUGGGUGCUGCCAUCCAAGGUGGUGUCCUCGCUGGUAACGUUACUGAUGUCCUUCUUUUGGAUGUUACACCAUUGUCUCUUGGUAUUGAGACACUCGGAGGUGUAUUCACUCGAUUGAUCAACCGAAACACUACCAUCCCAACCAAGAAAUCUCAAAUCUUCUCUACCGCAGCUGAUUUCCAAACUGCUGUCGAGAUCAAGGUUUAUCAAGGUGAGCGUGAGCUUGUCCGCGACAACAAGAUGCUCGGAAACUUCCAACUUGUUGGUAUCCCACCUGCCCACAGAGGUGUUCCUCAAAUCGAGGUCACCUUCGACAUUGAUGCCGACGCUAUCGUCCAUGUUCACGCUAAGGACAAGUCUACCAACAAGGAUCACUCCAUCACCAUCGCUUCCGGCUCUGGUCUUUCUGACGCUGAAAUUCAGAACAUGGUCGAUGACUCUGAAAGAUAUGCCGAGUCUGAUAAGGAGCGCAAGGCUGCUAUUGAGGCUGCCAACAGAUCCGACAGUGUUCUAAACGAUACCGAAAAGGCUUUGAACGAAUUCGCCGACAGACUUGACAAGACCGAGGCUGAUGGCAUCCGUGAGAAAAUUACCGCUCUCCGUGAGUUUGUCAGCAAGAGUCAAUCCGGAGAAGGUACUGUCACUGCUGCCGAGUUGAAGGAGAAGACCGACGAGCUCCAAAUGGCCAGCUUGAACCUCUUCGACAAGAUGCACAAGGCCCGUUCCGAGUCCGGAGAGGCCAAGCCAGAAGGUACCGAGGGCAGUGCGUCAGAGGGCGAGGCCAAGGACGGCGAGAAGAAGCCUUGA